UUUAACUAGUCAGCUUUUAGUAACACAUAGCCCCGUUUUACUUUUUUUACGUUCCUCCCGUUUAACAGGCAAACUAAUACAAUAGACAAGUCUUAAAUUUACAAACCCUUUCCUUUCGGCCAAUCCUUUUAGUCAAAUAAUCGCUACACCACAGUACAACUGCAUCCAGCUAAAGGCUUACCAAUACCGACGGCAUCAGAACCACGAAAUUACAGGCAAAUCCGACUAGUUUCAUCCCCUUUCCAAAUGCUGCCAGCCAACGGAAGCCAAUCGGCCCUAUCCGCCUAUGUCCGACUGGCGGUCCAGCAAGCCACGUCCCGGAUGACUGGAAGAUUAGCCUACUCGACGCGCCGAAGCCAGUGCGCUGGGGAUCUGAAGAAGAUCGACGAGUUCCUGUGCCGCCAGCGGGAUGAGCCCAAUCCAGAGUACCAUCACGCUCCGCGAUGCUUUGUGAAGAACUUUCAUAAGUACCAGGAGCAGGCGCAGGAUUGCGGGGAGGUGCAGACGACCCGCUUCCGCAAUCCACGAUACCGCUGGGCGGACUUCCGGCGACGAAUGGUUUAUGGCACCUACGAUAUCUAGACGGUUUCUCUUCUCCCGGACUUGUCUUGUACGAGUUCAGUCAAUCACCCAGUCAAUCCAUAACGAAGUAUUCCAAACCCACAUGUACAAUAGUAAGAAUUUUGUGGCCAGAUAAACGGAUCCAACUCGGUCGUCCGCUCAAAUUGCAAUAUAAUUCAGCUCAGAAUAAAUCCGUUACCUGUAAACUUUA